AACAAGUGCAGAUUUUGUUCAUUUAAUUUCUCCCCUUUGUCCUGCGUCGGUGCACAACAUUUGCACUCGCCGCACAUCAGGUACUGACAACGUCAUCCUCUCUCCCGUCUCUCCAACCUGGAAACACGUGACCAAAACACUGUCAUGGCGGCCUCCGUCGCUGCCCGAGUGAGCGUGGGGCAACUCACUUUGAGAAUGUCCAGAGUUGCCCCCGACUGUAACCGUUGUCCUUUAAACAGAAUAUGUAGGAAUGCUAUUACAGGUGGAGCUAAAGUCGCCGCCGUGGAUCAUUUUCGAUCACCAAAUAGGAAUCUACAGACAUCUAUCCCUCGACACCACAUUGAGGAGCACACUAAUCCAGAGGAGCAAGGAGAUGCCGUCAACGUGGUGUACAUAGACCGAUCUGGACAGAGGAUACCAGUGAAGGCCAAAGUUGGGGAUAAUGUCCUCUAUCUUGCUCACAAGCAUGGCAUUGAGUUGGAAGGGGCCUGUGAAGCGUCGUUAGCAUGUUCUACGUGUCACGUGUAUGUAGACGGGGACUUUUUCGAUAAGCUGCCAGAACCAGAUGAAAGGGAGGACGACAUGCUGGACAUGGCCCCCAAGCUGCAGGAGAACUCGCGUCUGGGCUGCCAGAUCAUCCUGACCAAGGAGCUGGACGGCAUGGAGCUCACGCUGCCCAAGGUCACGCGCAACUUCUACGUGGACGGACACGUCCCCAAGCCUCACUGAUGACCCACCGACUGACCGACGGCCACGUCCCCAAGCCUCACUGAUGACCGACCCACCGACGGACAACGGACUGGCUGACAAGAGGGGGGAGAGGGAGGUUAGGGCCUCCACACAUCGGUUCCGACAGCACUGCGGAGCACUUUCGCUUAGUUCCGACACAAUUCCGAGCGCCCUGCAGACAAUUUCACCCCAACAGAGUGUGAAUAGUCAAUGGGGCGGCGCCGACAAAAUAGAACUAGUCUCUAAUCGUUAGCAGACAUCGACGCCAGUGUGCAGGGUUGUAUUGAAAACAAUGGAAUUGAACUUUUGCAGAGCAGUGCUCAGCACUUUGUCGGAGCCGGUGUGCGGAGGCCCUAACUGUGUUCAGGAAAAAGAAAAAAAAGUCCAGGCUGAGGUGGUGGGAGGGGAACACAAGGAUGUUAGUGUGUGUUGGUCUGCAAUUCAAAGACUGGCGGAGCAUCCUGGCUGACUCUUUGCUGAACUGAAAGGAUAAUCAUCCCCCCCAAUCCAAAAAAACCUUCCGUUUGGUUCCGGAUUCUCUCCUCAACAUGUAUCCAAAGACAUGGUGCAUUGCAGUGUGGAAACAGGUUACAUUUCACUUCAUCUCUUCUUAACUGCAUGUGAUUAACCCCAAGGCCCCGUCAAGCCCCAACCUUCUGGUACAAAAUACAACUCUGAAGUCCAAAACUAUUAAAUACAUCACUCACAAGGAAAUCAAGAAGAACCACCGCACACUGGUGCACUUACUUUUGCUGCUUUUUUUAUUUAGUGAAAAAGAGCAGCAGAAUUAAAGGACCAGUUCAGUCAAUUUCAACAUGCAGUUGUAAUGCUCACACUACCCUGGACUUGUCAGUACCUGAGAUUUUUUUUAACCCUUCUUCAGCCUUUUCCGAGAUCCUGGUCAUUGUACUGGGGGCAGCGCUUUUUUUCCAUUUCAAAAAAACAUUUUUUAUUUAUUCCCAAAAACAUCCAAAAGGUUAUACAACAUCAGCAGACAACUAGCAAAUAGCGGUACCUUUUGGUAAAAUAUUUGGAGUAGUCCUAUGUUCAUUUUUAAAAAAAUGUAAAUAAACGCUGCCCCCAUUAGAAUAGCUCAUAUCUCGGAAAGGACUGAGCCUGAAAAUGUGGCAUCACCGAGCACUGACAUGUAUAGGGUAGCGCGCAAUACAACAGCAUAUUGAAAUGGACUGAACUGGUCCUUUAAGUCCACCAGGGUGCUGUGAUUGUUCUCGUCUUCCUCGAAUUACUGAUGACUGCACAUCACCAGCCCCUUGGAAACUGGCUGUGCAGCAUAGGAACUUCAGACCUUUUUUGAGUAUUAAAACAUUACUGUUAUUAUCAUUGACCGGUGUUAGGAAAAAAAAACAAUUCUUUGACACUAAACCUGUCAAGAGUGGUGAUGGAUGCAAAAGGAACAUUCCUUUCUUUGUCUGGGACAAGUCAGUUGCACAAAUGUUACAAGGUUUCUCAGUGGGUUUUUAGCAGUACCACACAAGUUGUGACUACACACACACACACACACACACACACACACAUACACAAUCGUAGGAGGUAAUGCAGUAGUUAAUAUAAGGCAGGGCUGUAUGUAUUCCAUCUAUCCACAGCCCAUGACAUGUAGGGUUUCAGCUGUCAACAAAGACACAGGGAGUGCGUUACAAUAUGCCACCUUGCCUCCUCCACUUGUGCUUGUCUCCUCGUCCCGCCUCCUGGCCCCUCCUCCGUGGAGAAAACGGUAAAGUUUCCCAACUGUCAGCCUAGCCACAACAACUUUUGAGGGACUGUUUUUCAUUCACCAUCCCAAUUGCAAAUGAGAAAAUUUACAAAUGAGCUUUUGCAAGAUAUUGAAAUAUAAUGCUGCUGUCAGUGAUGUCAUCAUGAAAUAUUACUUCCUGUUACGAGGAGACAAGCACAAGUGGAGGAGGCAAGGUCGCAUAUUGUAACUCACUCCCUGAUGAGGAACCAUGAUGGAUAGGAGCUUAAAGUUUUAAAAAGCAAGCAUCUUGCCCUACGCUUAGCUGCCUGCAUACUGUGCUUCGCAUCCUAAAGGAAAUGGGGGAGCGUACCUAUGUUCCCCGGGUCCUAUGUUCCCCGGGUCCUAUGUCCCCUGGUCUUUGUAUGGGACCGGGGAACAUAGGACCCUUUUUCUAAAAAAGGCUUCUACGUUCCCCGCAUUGUAUGUUUCCGAGUUUUCAAAUUGUGCCCUUCCCAAAACCAUCCCUAAACCUAACCUGUCAGUAAUACAAUGUUUCCGAGUUGUCCUUUUUUGGUACCCUGACCAAAACUAUCCCUAGACCUAACCUGUCAGACGUGCAACAACAACUUGUGCUUUGCUAUGCGGCAGCAGUGUACUUGGAAGCAACGGGGAACAUGGAACCCUUUUUUGAAAAAAGGGUUCUAAGUUCCCCAGUUGCGGGGAACAUAGGACCCAGGGAAUAUAGGACCUGGGGAACAUAGGUACGCUUCCAAAUGGACACCCUCUGGCUUACCGGUAGUUUAUACUACAAAAAUCCACUGCACUAUUCAUUUCAUAUUCACAUACAUUUAUCUAGCAAGAGACACAGUUAAAACAGAGUUUCCACAAUUGUAUAGUCAAGGAUGUUGUAUUUUUUUCUGUUUGUCAGUACUGUAAAUGUCAUUUCAACGCACAAUGUAAUUAUUGGUUGUUUUCAAGUAAUGCAAUUGAGUUUAAAUAAACUAUUAUUAAACUCGAA